AUGGUUGAUAAUGAAAUGAUUGUGCAUGAUAAAGCUCUCAGGAAACAGCAACAGCAGGAAAAAUCAUCCAUUUAUCAACCUCAAUCAUCCUCACAUACAAAUGGACUUGAAAUACGACACAGGACAGAUCAUUCGGAACGGGCAUCCAACAAUCGAUCUCGAAAAUUAGUCGUAGGAAAAGAAGAUGAACGGGUUAUAAGUGGAAAAUUCGAUUUUGGUGAUCGAGACGAAAAGCCUUCAUUUAAUAUCACUUUACCACUUUUGAAAGAAGUUGAGAGCAAAGAAUGGACAAUUGAUGAACUCAGAAUAUUGCACAACUGUAUAAAUUCUUAUGGUAUGAAUGACAAUUGCCUUUUCAAUGCAACAAAAAAUAUCCCAAACCGUUCGACGCUUGAUAUACAAGAAAAAAUUUCUGGAAUUCGUGAACUGACACGGCUGAGACACGAGAUGCGAGUUGAAGCACGAAAGACCGAAUGGCUGAAGAAAGUCAUAUUACCUUCUAAAACUAGUGAGAUCCAAGAUUGGUCGAACGCUGUUCAUGUUAUUCAGAAUAGAAAACGCCGAAUCAAUGAUUAUACUGAUUCGGCUGUCUUAGAUUAUUUGGCACAUGAAGUUAAAUGUCGACCAGCAUCUGUGGAUACUAGAAAAUAUUUCAGGGUAACCGACUCAUCCUAUGCUCCAUGUGCUAAUAGAAGACAGAUUGUUGAUUGUGCCGAUUAUUAUCGUUUUUUACAGGCUUGUCUUUCGGGAACGGCAACAGUGAGUUGUAAACCUUUUGAUUCUGCUAUAAUUUUGAAUAUUUUGGAAGAAAUUCAAAAAGAAGUUGAUGAUCCAAAGCAUGAAAAAAGGCGACGAAUACUGGCUGGAAUGUUUCGAAAUAUACAGUCCGGUGAUUUGUCUGAUUACGAUUUUCCAGAUACAACUGGUAGUGAUGACAUGUUAUGUGUACAACUGAAUCCUUUAAAUUUGAUGCGUGAAAUGUUGGAAACAGGUAAUGAGCAGUCUUAA